GUCAACCAACUUGCUGAGCCAGCUUUCGGGAGGAAAAGCAGCCUAGAUUUCCUGAAAUUGAGUGAUUUGGUAACUGCUGACAAACAAGAACUAUGAGUGAGAAGACCCAGAAUUCCUUACAGACCGUUCUGCAGCAACUGACCUGCCAUUUCACGUGGGAUUUACAGAAGGAUGACAUCCCCCUCGAAGAUUUGGAAGAUAGAAUCUGUGAUCAGAUUGAGUUUCUCAUCACAAAAUCCAAAUUUACUGCACACAACCUCUUGGCUUAUGCCAAGCACUUAAAAGGCCAAAAUGAGGAAGCCUUCGAAAGCUUGAGAAAUGCAGAAGAGGAAAUCCGGAACAAGUGCAUAAAAGAAGCUGAAACUCGACAACUGGUUACCUGGGGAAACUAUGCCUGGGUGCAUUACCACAUGGGCAAUCUUGCCAAAGCUCAGAACUAUGUAGACAGGAUAGAGAGAAUGUGCAGCAAGCUUUCAAGCCCCCACCGCUACAAGGUGGAGCGGCCGGAAAUCUUCUGUGAAGAAGGGUGGGCGCUAUUAAAAUUUGGAGGGAAAUAUUAUGAAAGGGCUAAGGUGUGUUUUGAAAAGGCUCUGGAACAAGACCCCAACAACCCGGAGUUUAAUUCUGGCUUUGCCAUCACGGUGUAUCGUCUAGAUGACUUUGACAGACAAGGCCGUUCUAAUAAACGUUUCUCCCUAGAGCCUCUGAGGCAGGCAGUCAGGCUGAGUCCAGGUGACCCAUACAUCAAGAUGCUUCUUGCCUUGAAGCUUCAGGACAUACACCAGGAAGCUGAAGGAGAAAAGUACAUCCAAGAGUCCUUAGUUAAACACUCAUCAUCACCUUACGUCCUCCGCUAUGCAGCCAAAUUCUACAGAAGGAAGGGCUGUCUCGAUACAUCUCUGGAACUUUUACAGAAGGCCUUGCAGAUUACACCAAAUUCUGCCUUCCUAAACCAUCAGAUGGGGCUUUGCUACAGGGCACAAAUGAUUGAAAUAAAGAAAGCCACAAAAAACAAGCCGCAAGGAGCAAAUAAAGAGAAGGUGCAGGAAUUAGUUAGAUCUGCCAUAUUUUAUUAUUCACUGGCCGUAGAACAGAAACCAACAUUCAUAUAUGCAUGUAUAGACCUUGCCAACAUGUACAUCGAGGGAGGUCAAUAUGAAAAAGCAGAAGAUGUUUAUAAGAAUGCUUGUCAAUUAGAGAAAGUUACAGAUUUAGAAAAACAAAAAAUCAAUUUGGAAUAUGGUCACUUUCAAAUGUUUUGCAUGAAAUCUGAAGACAGUGCCCUUACUUAUUAUGUGAAAGGCUUAAAAGUAGAAAAAGAAUCACAUGUGAGAGAAAGCCUAAAGAAUGUGGUACAGAAAAUAGCCACAAAGCGACUGCAACAAAAUGCAUCGGAUUCGGAGAGUCUGGGUCUCCUCGGGUUCGUUCACCAGCUGAAGGGAGAAAGGAGGGCGGCAAUUGACUGCUACCAGAAAGCCCUGAAGCUGGAUCCUGCUAACGACGAAUACUCCAGUGCUUUGUGUCAGCUGCAGCUCAAAAUAUAAGCCUCGGCCUUUGCUCAAUCAACCCAUGUCCCACAUGAACACCUUCCUUAUAGUUCUUGUCUAAAUACAAGUGUGGUUAGUGUUAUCUUUCCAAUGAAUUAAACUCACGAUGUUUUCAUCUUUAGUGAUGAACAGCUCAACAGCAAGCUAGACACUCUCUUCCCCUGUUAACUUUUCUACGGGUCUUGGUCAGUGACUCAUUCAUACUUCUUUCCCAUAGAGGAAAAUGGCAGCAUUUUCCAAAGCUUGUGAGUUUGUACUAAAAGAGUUUAAGUAUUUUGAAAGAGAUUGCCAUGCCCCUUUGGUCUUCAUCAUUCCUUUUAGGAUCAGACAGGGGAUUUGGCUGAAGGAACUUUGAAUAAUAGGAUAAACUACUUAAGUGGAAGAUAUUUGUUCUCCUUCCUUGUAAUCUGUUUUAGUGUUUAUCUCCUUCCCUAACUAUAAGCUCCUUGAGGGCAGGAAUUGUCAAGUCACUAUUGUACUCUCCCAAACACUGAGGGGAGUGCUCAGUGGAAGGUAAGUGCUUAAUAUGCACUAUUGAUAGCUAUUAUUUGAUGGAUGUGUAUAUUUGUAUGUAGGAGGUAUAAGAGUGUGUGUGUGUGUGUGUGUGCGCGCGCACAUGCAUGUGUGUGUAAGCGUGUGUGUGUGUGCGAGCCUGUGCAUAAAUGAGUGUUCGGAAGAAAUAGUCUACCUUUUGUCUAAAAAAAAGAGAAAUAAACUUCAAAGAAUUCCACACUGGCCUGCUAAAUAUUAGAAAUUGAACAUAAAGUCAUCAGAAAUGUCCAUUAACAAAAGGAGGAAACUUGGAGAAAACCAAGCAGAUCCACGGAGGGCCCAGGGAGUUGUAAGAAGCAGAAUCAAGGUGGAGCUGGGAGUCACCAGAGAGCUGAUGGCUCCAUCAUUUUCAGAUGAUAGCGCCAAGUGACUGAGAGCCCUUCAUUUCAGGUUCUGUCCACAGGGGACAAAAACCGAGAUUGUCUGCCCUGAGUGAAGGUAGUGAAUACAGUUGCUAGGUUACUCGGGUUCGUCAGGACCUGAAAUGAACAUAGAAGGCAGGAAUGCCAAGGUUCUGGGGUUCAGGAAGAUCCAGGCCUGAGGUUUUUCUCUACUGGUAUGGGAACACCUAUUCCCAGUGGCAGAGAGCUCCCAUUAUGUGCACCUCCAUAGCAAAGACUCUAAACCCCAUGGUUGGCACAAGAAUAACUGUUGUUGCUAAGUUCUCCCCUUUCCUUUGGGUGCACCUUCCAGUGAACAGACUCGAUGCAGAUUAAAUGAUCUCAUUAUUUCAAACUCAUAUCCCUUUGUCCCAUCUCUGCCAUGACAUGGAGUGCCAUAGACCUUUCUGAGGUGUUUCCUAUUCUUCCCAGAGAAAUAGGGCAUGGAGAGUCAUGUAGCUUUAAGGGUGGUUGGCUGAAGCCCCACAUUAAUCCUUGGGACCUCCAUCACCUGGCCUCAAUCUGUUUCAACUAGAGGCUUUCAGUGCCCCCUUACUUCUGUGUCUCCCAUCUUAGUGACUCCAUUUCCUCUCACUAAUAACGCUAAUAAUAAUAAUACUGAUACUGAUGGGAAUGUGCCCACCAAUUCUGUUGUAUUGUACUUGCUCACGUG